GUCCUAGUGUCGGGCUCGUCGUAUCUGGGGCUAUGUCGCGCUGAAACAAUUAGGGGCGCGCGCCACCGUCAGGAGUGUUCUCUCGUAUAAAACUGCGGCUCUCCCUCCUCGUCCAUGCUUGCCAGAAACGCCCUCUUCGCGACGUCCAUGGCUUCGCGCCUUCCAUCGCGACUGGCGGCUCUCAGCGCGCUUCUGCCCGACCUCUAAGCGUUUACGACACACCGCUGCUCUCUCCCAAGCUGUCUCGUCGACGCCGUCUGUUUCCUGGGCGGUGGACUCGCGCUUGUUCACUAGCGUCCAUGUCGAUCUCGGUUCUCAUGGGCCCACCGCCCGACCCCGUCGCGCACCCCUUCCCCGAUCUUCCUACAGAAAUCAUCAUCCAGAUCUUCGAAGCGACGGCGUGCGCGUCUCGUCAUGGCGCUCGGUCAAUCUCCUUGGUGUGUACGUGGUCUCGACCCAUCGCGCUUCCCUAUCUAUUCGCGACCAUCGUCCACCGCUCGAAGACUUCCUUCUCGACAACCCUCUCGUCCGGCGAGCGGCGGUCGGAGGUGCGAUGCCGUCCUUCCACGCCCCUCCGAUGGGGCCACCUCGUGCAGAACCUGUGGACGGAAAGCGCAGGCGUCUCGACGCCCUCCGUCGAAGAAGACAUCUUCCGUGCCUGUCCCAACCUCGAGAACCUCGCUCUGAUGUCAUCGUCCCUCCGCGCCGUCUCGCAAGCGAUCCAGGCUCGGAACACCGCUUCGCGCGCGGAAGCGCACCCCUUCCUCCGCCACCUCCAAUCAAUCACGCUCAUCACACACACCUUCCGCUACGACUGGCACUUCCUCGUAGGCGCGCAGCUGCACGAUGGCUCCCAGGCGCUGCACAACAUCACGCACCUGCGCAUCCUCGACAUGAAGGUCUCCGCGUUCUGCCCGCACAACCUCCUCCCGAACCUCACGCACCUCGCGCUGCCGUACCUCGACCUCGGCAACAACUUCGAGGGGGACGCGCUGCGCCUCCCGCCCGGCGUGCUUGAGCAUCAGGCGCUCCAGAUGAUCGUCCUCACGAUCGCGGAGGAGAAGUGGUUGACCAACCCGUGGUACCAGAUCGCGCGCUACCCGGGCAAGAACACCAACUCGCCCAAGGAGACGUUCCGCACCUUGGUCCGGUGGGCGCGUCAGCGCGACGACAGGUUGCACGUUGUGCUGUCCCCCCGGCAAGGAGUAGAAGACUGCGCCGAGUGGGCCGCUGCUGCUCGCGGAGGCAACUCCUUGUGGGAGGAAGCCGCCGAAGCUAGAGCGUACGACUCGCACGGUGCGGGCCUGCCGAGCUCAUAUCCCAAAGUUAGGUCCAGAUAACGUCAAGGAACUCGAUUGUAUAGUAUAAUUGUUCAUAGCGGUCCAACCUCGGACUGCUGUAAUUCGCGUAUCUUAAGGUUGGCACCGGCCCCGUUCUCAUUCAUUUGAACAUACGUUAUUUGUCCAUGUCUUAUAGUUCUACCCUUUAGAGUCUAGUAAUCACCCGGCGCUGGUUGGCCGCUCUUGAACCCUUUGCUGUUGUCGCUUCCGUUACUCUUUAUUCGCUCUUGUUCGCGCUGACCGCUCGCUAUCGACCCUCCCCCUUAUUGUAGCUUCUCCGUACGGAACCGAGAACAAGUUUCAGCCAGGCUGUUUUACGUAUAUGAUUGAAUCAUAUCAC